AUGAAUGAAGAUAUUUUGGACUCGGUGCUAGAUUUCGAAAAAGAGUGUUACGACAGUGGUUUCGAGGAAGGCGCGGAGGCAGGCAAAAAGCAAGGGCAUUUGGAAGGACGUGAGCUAGGCAUACAGACUGGAUUCCAGCGCUACAGGUCACUAGGCAUUAUGCAAGGUCGCAUAUCGAUCUGGAAGGCCCAAAAAGAUGAUAAACUGCAAUCCCAGCUGAAACAAGUGGAACAGUACUCACAAUGUCCCAGUUUCGAGAAUGAUCCAAAGGUAGCGGACAAAAUCAGUCUGAAUAUUAAGAUGGUAAAGACUAAACUAAGACUGCUUGCCGCGAACACGCAGAGCCCUCCUGUUGAAUUGCAUGACGACAAACUCGUUUUCCAAAAAAAUGAUGCAUCUAUCGAGGACCUCUAA